AUGUCAGAGCAAGAGAACUCAGAGAAUAAUAAUCAGCACCCCCCUCCGAGUCCCCAAAUCCCUAUAUUUGCCAAUCUUACUCUCAUCACUCGGAGUCCUAGAGCUCCCAAGUUCAAACGAUCCAAAUACUAUUACCGCGACGGAAGCGCUGUGUUCUUGGCUGGAGACACUUUAUUUAAGUUUCAAGCGUCGUUGAUAGCCGCAGAUCCCGACGUUCGGAACUACGAAUUCGAGGACUUAACGAGAGACUUGAUCAAUCGCUUGGAUGCAGACAUUAAUGCAUCAGGCUCUAGCGAUACAAACCCUAUUGUUCUUCCGGCAGAUAUCACGGCAGGUUUAUUCGAAUGUUUCUUAUCACUUCAAUUUGGAGGGUAA